UCUAAAAGUUGGUUUUAAUUGGUUGCCCACAGGAUUGGCUUGGCUUCUGCUACUUGUUAAGAAAAAAAACAUCUGUCUUGCAGGUGUGUGUUGUUUCAGCGCAGCAUGGCUGUGGUCAUCCGCUUGCAAGGUCUCCCGAUUGUGGCGGGGACCAUGGACAUUCGCCACUUCUUCUCUGGAUUGACCAUUCCUGAUGGGGGCGUGCAUAUUGUAGGGGGUGAACUGGGUGAGGCUUUCAUCGUUUUUGCCACUGAUGAAGAUGCAAGGCUUGGUAUGAUGCGCACAGGUGGUACUAUUAAAGGGUCAAAAGUAACACUAUUGCUCAGUAGCAAAACUGAAAUGCAAAACAUGAUAGAACUCAGUCGUAGGCGUUUUGAAACUGCCAAUCUAGAUAUGCCACCAGCAAAUGCUAGCAGGUCUGGACCACCACCUAGUUCUGGAAUGAGUGGUAGGGUAAACUUACCAACUACUGUAACUAACUUUAACAAUCCCUCUCCUAGUGUAGUAACUGCUUCUACUACUGUUCAUGACAGCAACAAAAACAUACCCACAUUCUCCACUGCCAGUAUUGGAACUGCACCUCCAAAUCUUGGGACUACCUUUGGUAGCCCAACAUUUAGUUCAACAAUACCUAGUACAGCAUCCCCAAUGAACGCUGUACCACCUCCACCAAUUCCUCCUAUGCCAGCUAUGCCAUCUUUGCCACCUAUGCCUUCCAUUCCUCCUAUACCUGUCCCACCUCCUGUACCUACCCUGCCUCCUGUUCCUCCUGUUCCCCCAAUACCUCCUGUACCCCCUGUACCACCAAUGACCUCUAUGCCCCCUAUAUCAGGAAUGCCUCCUAUGAAUCCUCCACCUGUAGCACCUUUACCUACUGGAAUGAAUGGGUCUGGAACAGCAUUGAACAUGAACAGUGGCUUGACUCCAAUGUUUAUAGGUCCCAUGAAUCCUGUAAAUCCUAUUCAGAUGAAUUCUCAAAGUAGCAUGAAACCACUUCCUAUCAAUCCAGAUGAUUUGUACGUCAGUGUUCAUGGAAUGCCCUUCUCUGCAACAGAAUCUGAUGUAAAAGACUUUUUCCAUGGGCUUCGUGUGGAUGCAGUGCAUAUGCUAAAAGAUCAUGUAGGCCGAAAUAAUGGAAAUGGACUAGUUAAGUUUUUCUCUCCUCAAGAUACAUUUGAAGCACUGAAGCGAAACAGAAUGCUAAUGAUUCAACGCUAUGUUGAAGUUAGUCCUGCAACAGAGAGACAGUGGGUGUCUGCUGGAGGCCAUAUCACUUUCAAGCAAACCAUGGGUGGUUCUGGACAGCCCCAUCCUCCUCCACAAACACAUGCUAGGUCCAAAUCUCCUAGUGGACAGAAAAGGUCAAGAUCAAGAUCGCCACAUGAGCAGGGUUUCUGUGUCUAUUUGAAAGGUCUGCCUUUCGAAUCGGAGAACAAACAUGUAAUAGAUUUCUUUAAAAAAUUAGAUAUCGUUGAAGACAGCAUUUAUAUAGCUUAUGGACCCAAUGGAAAAGCAAUUGGUGAGGGUUUUGUUGAGUUCAGGAAUGAAGCCGAUUACAAAGCAGCUUUAUGUCAUCAUAAGCAGUACAUAGGGAAUCGUUUUAUUCAAGUUCAUCCCAUAACUAAAAAGGCGAUGUUAGAAAAGAUAGACAUGAUUCGGAAAAGAUUGCAGAAUUUCAACUAUGAUCAGAGAGAGAUCAUAAUGAAUACUGAGGGGGAGACUGGUUUGCCAAAAUUAUGUGCACAUAUAUCAAAUAUUCCAUACAAUAUUACAAAAAUUGAGAUUCUUCAGUUUCUAGAGGGACUGGCAGUAGAAGAAAACUCUGUGCAAAUUCUUGUUGAUAAUAACGGGCAAGGUUUAGGACAAGCCCUGGUUCAGUUUAAAACUGAAGAUGAUGCUCACAAGGCAGAACGCCUGCACCGUAAAAAACUCAAUGGAAGAGAUGUUGUUUUACGUUUGACUACUGUAGAAGAAAUGAGAGAAAUUGAAAGAAAUCCACCGUCCCAAGGCAAAAAGUUGCUGAAAAUGCCAAUGCAAGGGAACGUAGCAGUGCCAGGAGUACAAAAUGCUGGUGGUGAUGAGCAUUCUUUCAUGAGUGGUAGUUCGAAAGAUGUCAACAAUGGCCCUCCAUUUAAUUUUCCUGGUAAUUUUAGUGCUACAUUUGGUCCCCCUCUGCCGCCACCAGGAGUUGGUGGCUUUGGUGAUUCUAGACCAGGAAUACCUUCAGUUGGAAGCAGUGGUUUGCCUGGUGCAGGUAUUGAUAUCCCAGGUUUUGGAAGUGGUCCUAGUAAUUUGAGCGGACCAUCAAAUUUUGGAGGGGGACCGCAAAGCUUUGGGAAUGGGCCUGGUAAUUUAAGUGGCCCUCCUACUUUUGGUAGUGGCCCUCCAGGUAUUGCAAGUGGACUUGGGCAUUUAAGUGGACCUCCAGGUUUUGGACCUGGACCAGGAAACUUGCAUAUUAGUGGACCCCCAGGUUUUGGAACGGGUUCUGGUAAACCAGGGCCUACUGUCAUUAAAGUACAAAAUAUGCCCUUUACUGUGUCAGUGGAUGAAAUUUUGGAUUUCUUUUAUGGUUACCAAGUGAUCCCAGGUUCAGUGUGCUUAAAAUACAAUGAAAAAGGAAUGCCCACAGGAGAAGCAAUGGUUGCAUUUGAGUCUCGUGAUGAAGCAAUGGCUGCUGUGGUUGAUUUAAAUGACAGGCCUAUAGGCUCAAGAAAAGUCAAACUUGUCCUAGGGUAGCUGUUCAUAUGAAAUGUCUGUAGAAUAGUUACUCAUAGUGCUGUGAUUAAUACAUCCACAUUGUUUUUAUAGUGUAUCCAGGAUAGAACCUGUGGAUUUGUUUAAAUUGUAAUCAGAUUUGUUUUGCGAAGACAAAACAGUGGUUUAGCCAUUUACAUAAGAAACCCUGCAAAGAUGAAUGUGCAGAGGAUUUUUGAUUAAAAGUAUGUGAGAAGAGAGAUUCUUUUGCACCAAAUAGAAAAAGUUUGCUGAAGCUAAACUGACCCCAUGAUGUUUAUCAAGGAAUCUAGAUUGGUUUUAUGUAGUUGUGGAUAAAGGAAAUAGUUAUGUAAUGAGAUGAAGUCAAUGAUGCCCUCAGUGGGUGCUAUUGCAAGCCAUUGUAAAAUAGAUAGCUCUUCCUAGAUUUGGUUAAAAACUGGCUGAAUUUACUUUGUUCCGGGUUAAAGCUUUGUUUAUAAUUUUCCUCUUCAAGUGAAUGAAUUCAGUGUAUAGAUUAAUUGUUUUGUGUAUGUACUCUUAUUUUCAAAGGUUAUUGCUGUAUAGAUAGAAUUAUGCACAUGGCUAAUGUCUACCAAGCUAUUUCAUAUAUACCUAUGAGCAGAACUGUUCUGUAAAAUUCAAGCUGUUCUUUGUGGAAUAACCUUUAGCUAUUGUUGCAACUAUAACUGUGCAGAAUAAGACUUUUGCCACAAAUGUAGCUACCGUCAAACAUUAUUGUAUUUAGUUUUCUAGUAAAAAAUAAAGUUGGUGCCAUGCCAGCAACAACUCAAAAAAACAUUCAUCAUUGUUUAAGUAGCUUGAUUUGUUAGGAUUAUGUAACAGUUGCGAUAGACUCUUUGACACUAGCUUGGAUAGUGAAUGUUGUAUUUCUCGUGUAUCUUCUGAACUACUCGCAAGGAAUCUCUCUUAAGAGAACCAAAGGGAUUAUCUUUAUUAGAAGAUUGGAUUCCAGCUAAAGAUUUCAUGUUUAAACUACUCUUAAACGCUUUUUAUCUUAACUUCAGCAACUGUGCUGUGAAAUACUGUCAUGGGUCAAUUCAGAGAUUUAAUCUUAUUUUCCCCCCCCCCCAAAAAACCUUGAAAACACUCUUUUGAGUUUACUAUAUUUUUGCAAUAAACUUGUGCUGUUUUAUUCAAAUUCUGUAAAGAGUUGACAUUUUCUUUACUGUGGAGUGAAGACUUUCAUGGAGAAUAGAAAAUCAAAAAGGAAGCAAUUAUUCACAAGAUUGAACAGUAGAACUUGUAGUUUGUCUACUCUUUGGUUUAUUAGACAUUCAAAUUCUUUUUGCUGUCUGAAAUUCCACAAUUCCCUGCAAAUCAUUGUACUUAAACAUAGUAGCCUGUAAGCUGUUCUGUUUCUUGGUCAAAGAAAUCUCGUGCCUUUUAGUGUUGCAUAUUAUGGAACACUGAAGUAUACAGUCUGGCAUAAUUUAUAGGUGCAAGUGGCAACAGUUUUAUUCAUGUAGUGUAUAGGGAAGAUCUGAAAACCUGUGCAACGCUACCUUCUGAGAGGAUUUUCCAGUACAGGAAUUUUUGGAAGGAUUGUAAAAGGUGUACUACAAUAAAGAGGUGGUUGCAUUACACAUCCUUUUGAAAUUCAUCGGAAUAAAUUUGUUUUUGACAAAUCACUAGGUGGUGCACUCCCACAUUUGAAAAGCUUUGUGAUUGUAUAUACUGUUUACAAUUAAGUCUCCUGUUAAUAAAAUUGUCUCUCUUUGUUAUGUGUUUUAACAGUCUUGGGGAUAUUGUUUCAACAGAUGUUUUUCUUUGAGAGUACUAUUACUGAUUCAGUAAGAUGAUUUGAAUAGGAGACAAGUAUUUGAGGUUUUUUAAAAAUUUUGCUCUUUGUUCUUGAAACAAUUUUCUAAUUAAAAUUUCCUACUAUAUUUCAGUUAUUAUUUGGGUGCUGUUUCUUCAUAUUUCACACUAGAAUAAAAUUACUGAAAAGGAAAACCUGGUUUCACUGUGGACAGAUCUGGUUGAAUUUAGAAGAUAUUAGUAUAUGGCUUGCAGAAAUUGAUGAUAACUAUUUCAAGCUUAAAUGAAUCACAACAUGCCUUUCUUGUUGUGAAAUUGUAAUUAAACUACUAGUAUCUGGAAUUUGAUCCAUAUGCAUCUAAGAGCUAAAAUAGUGCAGUGCAUCUUGAUUAUCUUUUGGAUGUCAGAGCAUUAGUAGACCUUUCUGAAAUACUCCAGGAAUUUCUUAUAUUGUGAAAUCUGCUUUUACACAUUUCUCUUCAGAUUUUCUAACAAGCUGCAGGUCUGUGUUGGGAAAACGUACAUGUCCGGUUAUUUUAAUUUUCUGUAUGGUCUAAAGGACUUGUAAAAUUAUGUCCUAAGUUGUGCAUUUGUAAACACUUUUCAUUUUCAAAAUUUUAUGUAAAACAAAGUUUGAGUUUUGUAUUUAGUAGGAUUGAUACUGAUGGAAAAGGAAUUUUCUAAUGACGGGUUUGAGUUUACUUUUCCGUAUCUUGCUGUGUGUUUUGGUAUACUCAUGACCUUUAGCAUAAUUCAUUAGUAAAUGCAUCUUUGUAAAGUGUAUACUUGUAAAUAAAUGUGAACUCCCCAUAAAUAUUAGGAGGUCGUAUUUGCAUAUAAAGCUUUGAGGUGUCUUCUAUAUAAUGCUUUAGUAGCAUGCUGUUUACUGUAGGUAAUGAUGAAUUAAAAUUCCUUCAAGAUAAUAUAAAGAAAAGAAUGCAGUGGGCUAAAAUAAGUUGCAAAUACAUUAUAACCAAAUAUGUCAUAGGUCAUUUUAGCUUUAGUUGGUCUCCUAAAUUGUGGAAAUCAAGGCAGUGGAAUUUAAAGGAUCCUGUUUAUCUGGAACUUCGUGUCACUGCAAGAUGUGCAAGAAAAAAAGUUACUUGCUUAUUUAAAAAUAAAAUGUAGCUAGCAACCGUUAGAGGUUUAAUACGCGAGGUAGAAGAUGUGGAGGAUAUUGCUGUUGUGAUAAAACAUGUAAUCUUACAUAGUUUAUUACAUGGUGGGAUGAGAGGAAGGACCACUUGAUACCAAAUUAUAAUUAACAUAAGAGCUUGAAAAAAAAUUAAAUUGCUUCGGAUUUAACCAUUGCCUUUUGGACCUGAUUAAUAUUGUGGCCUGUUUUAAAUAUAAUGCUAACUGAAACGUUAAUCUAGAAGUCCUUUGAAAUAGACCGAGUUGUUGGAGUAAGGCUUUAUUUUUAAAGUUAGGCUGCCUAAUUUGGAGCCAAAUCAGGAUCUAAAUGUGUCUGGUGCGUCUCACAAAUAUAUCAAAAGCAUUAAAAAUUCAGCUAUGAAAAUACCCCAUGUAAAAAGAAAUAUGACUUUGUGGCUUAUUUGUACACUAAGGGUC